AUGAUGUCAAAGAGUACUUUGAAUGAUCUGUAUGACCGCGAGGAAGGAGAAUGGAGUACCGAUUAUAUUGCCCAUACAACUGAAGACGCGCGGGAGAGCGCUGAAUAUCUGCGGAUUGCAAUAAGUGCAAAGGAAGAAGAAGAAAAAGAACAACAACAACAACAACAAGACCAACAGCUAAAGAAAGAGAAAGGAGGGGAAAAAGAGAAAGAGGAGGAAAAGGUAGAAAAAGAUUCAUUAGGGCUCCUUAUCUCCAGACCUACCCAUCUAGAAAGAGAUGGUACUUCUGAUACGAAUUCAAAUAUUUCAGAUGAUUUGCAAAAUUUUAGUGAUGACUCUGCAAAUUCUCCAACAUCACCUUUUGGUAACCAACAAUAUAGUCCAUUUAUUUCAGACUACUCUUCUCCGGCACCAGAUGACUGUGAUUUGGGUACUAUCGAUAACAAUGAAUUGAACAUCCUAGAUGAAAAUGUCAAGCGAAUAAGUAACGUUAACUUGGAGGAGAGCAAAUCACCUUUAAGCAAAGCACAAAAUUUGAAAAACAUAUCUCCUUGGAGACAAUUUCGUACAACAAACACGAAGUUGCAACCAUUAAAUCACAACUCAAUCUCUAAUGUACCAGAUUUGAAACCGACAUCAGCGGAUUCAGUUGGAUCCACGAAAACCACACAAACUACUGAAACGAAUGGAACUACUGUAACGGCUGGAACCUUUGGAACAUUUGCAACCUUUGGAACCACCGGAACAAGGUCUCGAGAAGACGAAUUAACAAAACAGAUUGUCAACUACAAGAUUCAGAUCAAAUUAUUGAAAGCAUCAAUAAAAGAACUUUUGCUAAAAAACAAUUGGAAUCCAGAUGACUUUCGACAUUACUUAUCCAUGAUAUGCCAGGACUCGACACAGUUGAACAAAAGACUCAAAUCCCUCCAAAGCGAAUAUGACGAGAUCUACAAUUUGAAUCAGGACUUGUACGCAAAUUUGGAAAAAGUGCAGGACUUGCAAAAAGUCGGGGAUCUUGAAAUGAAGAGUUUGAAGGUGAUAUUGCAGACUGUACAGGAUAUGGUUGCAACUAUUGUAGAGAUAAUACACGAAGGAGAAAAAGAAUUGAAAAUAGAAAAAAUAGACGAAAAAACAGAAGAUGAGAAAUUACACUGUGAUCUCAGCGUCAUAUUCACAUUGCCUAUUGAACAGCAACUUGAAUAUAUCAUUGAUAGCUUAAGGCGACGGCGAUUAUUGGAUAUCACUUGUAUAUCUCCUCCAGAAUCCGAGGUGGAAACAGCAACUAUUGCACCCGACGAUGAGGAUGACAAGAACAAUGGGGAGAAGGGCAGCAGUGACGAUUUGGAUGGUGACGAUCAUUGUGGAGGUAAAAAUGAUUAUAUUGAUGGUAUUAGAGAGCUAGAAAUUGAAUUGGAAAAUCGGCUGAAUAUGUGUUCACAACUCCAAAUUCAAUUGAAUGACAAAAUAAAAGAGGCAGAAGAGUAUGAACGGAAUCUCGAGCUUGCAAAAGCGACAAUCUCUCAAAAAGUGAGCGAGUAUGAGACUCGACUCGAGGAACUCGAGCAUAAGUUGUAUGAGGAGGGUCAAUCAAAACAAACCAACAAUGGCAUCGUAAUAGAUCGGGGGGAUGUGGAAGAGCAAGAGGAAGCUUUGAAACAGGGUAAGGAGAACCAUGACUUGCAAAUCGCAUACAACGAAAAAAUAAAAGAGUUGGCGCAAGAACGUCAGGCACAUGAGAGAAUUCAAAGAGAUUUGCAACUGCAAUUGGAUGACUUGAAUGCCAAACUCAAAGCAAAAACUUUGAGUCCACAUUCCCAAUUGAAUACCAUCAGCAAGUUCGAAAGGCAAGUGAUCGGUGAUUUUGACAUUAAUAAUGAAGGGGAGCCUGAUUUACGUAGGCGUCAAAUUUCUCUUGAGAAUGACCUGUUGCAAAGGGAAAACCAAUCUUUGCGAAACCAGAUUGAUAAACUAUCCCAAAUUAUAUCCCACAACAACCGUAAUAAUAGCUAUAGCGAUCAUAGCGAAAAGUCGAUGGAGCUUCAUUCUCAAAGUAUAUUAAAAAAACUUUCUAUAAUGGAGUACCAGUAUCGAGACUUGUUGUCUUUUGACAUGAUUGAGUUUCAAAAAUUUAUACAACUGUACAAUAAAAUUGCCGAAGAUCAAUCUUUGCUGGACCCGAGGGAGAAAUACGAGAAAGUAAUGAAACGGAUAAAACACUUUGACGAGGAAGAUAUAGCAUUCAUUCGAGAUAAACACAAAUCUAUAUUUGAGUAUUUUGUUCGUGCUACUGAUUUAUUGAUCAACGAUCAUGUCAGGUUACUAAUCAAAGAUGGGUCUAAUGAGGAACGCAUGCGGAAGAAAAUGAAUUUGGUAAAUACAGAAAAUGCACAGUUGAGAGCAAGGGUUAACCAACUAGAGGAAUCUUAUCAGUAUCAUAAGAAACCUGUGUCAUCUAUCACUGAGUUGAGGAUUGAGGAUCUUCAAAGGAAAUGGAAAGCCGAGCGCGAGCGAAGAAUCCUUGAAGAUCACGAGGCGCAGAAAAGAUUUAGGGAAUUGGAGAAUGAGAUUGUAUUGUUGAAAGAGCGUGCAGGAACAUAA